UAGGCGAGGGAUUGAAGUGCAAAGAGGAAUGAAUGGGUUGUUGUUGUGGUUGGAGAAAGUUGUAUGGCAUUGGUACUUCACUUUCUGCACCAAUGUUACCACUCUCACUCUCACCCUUUCGUCCUCUCUCUUCUUCUCUUCCAUUCUCUUCUUCUUCUUCCUCAUCCAUUUCCCCACUAGUACAAGACCUACAACAACAACAACAACUAAAACCGCAAUUACGAAGCUCACAGCUCGUCGCAUUAGAAUACGCUGACCUCAACCUCUCCAACAAUUUGGAACAGGGUCAUGUCAGAAUCAGGCAACAUGUUAAUCCCCUCAGUUCUUCUUUCGCUACUCCUGCACAAGUACCAGACUGGAACCAGGUUUUUGCAGACCCUGCAUUGCCACUCAUGGUAGAUAUUGGAUGUGGCAGUGGCAGGUUUCUUAUGUGGCUUGCAAAAAGGACACCUAAAGUGAGAAAUUAUUUGGGAUUGGAAAUACGGCAAAGGAUGGUCAAGCGUGCUGAGUUAUGGGUAAAAGACCUGGCUCUAGAUAACAUACAUUUCUUGUUUGCAAAUGCUCCAAUUUCUUUCAAGCAAUUGGUAGAAUCAUAUCCCGGGCCCUUACAGUUAGUUUCAAUUUUGUGUCCAGACCCUCAUUUCAAGAAAAAACAUCAUAAAAGAAGAGUUCUGCAGAAGCCUUUGGUUGGUGCUAUUGUAGAUAAUUUAACUCCUGGAGGACAGGUGUUCAUACAGUCUGACGUGGUUGAAGUGGCACUUGACAUGAAAAACCAGUUCGAUGAAGUUGAUGCACUAAGUCACAUAGAUACUUUGAACCCUGCUAUACCGUGUGAUAGUGAUGGAUGGUUAUUAAGCAACCCUAUGGGAAUUAGGACUGAGAGAGAGAUUCAUGCAGAAUUUGAAGGAGCAAAAAUCUAUCGAAGGUUGUACGAGAAGAAGCAGAUAUGAUUGAUUUGUCAAACUUUAGUGCAAUUCACCAGAUCUGACGCGUCUGAAUCAAAUCUUAGCAGGACACUUGGAAUUUUAUUGUGUCUGAUCUGAUGUGCUCUUAUAUGCUCAAAAAACUUCAACCACGGGAGAAAAAGUACACAAAUGCUCUUAGAAUGCAGAAUGCUUUACCAGAAUUUUCUAUAGAUACUAAUUUAUCUCAUUUACUUACAGUGGAUUCUGUAUUUUGAAAUAUAAUUUGUUGGUGUCAUUGAGAAGUUAUAUGAAUGAGUUAAUGGAAAAGAUUGUGUAAAACAAUUUGAUAUUUUUUCUUCUUUUCAUAAGAAAAUGUAAUCUGAUAUUCUGUUUAAAUUAACUCUAUUUGA